AUUACAGGAGAGGUGGGACUGACUGGGUGAAAUUACAGGAGAGGUGGGACUGACUGGGUGAAAUUACAGGAGAGGUGGGACUGACUGGGUGAAAUUACAGGAGAGGUGGGACUGACUGGGUGAAAUUACAGGAGAGGUGGGACUGACUGGGUGAAAUUACAGGAGAGUUGGGACUGACUGGGUGAAAUUACAGGUGAGGUGGGACUGACUGGGUGAAAUUACAGGAGAGGUGGGACUGACUGGGUGAAAUUACAGGUGAGUUGGGACUGACUGGGUGAAAUUACAGGUGAGGUGGGACUGACUGGGUGAAAUUACAGGAGAGGUGGGACUGACUGGGUGAAAUUACAGGAGAGGUGGGACUGACUGGGUGAAAUUACAAGAGAGGUGGGACUGGCUGGGUGAAAUUACAGGAGAGUUGGGACUGGCUGGGUGAAAUUACAGGAGAGUUGGGUCUGACUGGGUGAAAUUACAGGAUAAUUGGGACUGACUGGGUGAAAUUACAGGAGAGUUGGGUCUGACUGGGUGAAAUUACAGGAGAGUUUCACCAGGUCAUAGGAGUCCAAUUCGAUAUGACGUUUCUGUUGAACAUUUGGCUUAGUGUGUUUUUACUCCAUUUGAACUUGAGCAACUCCUGAUUUAAUGACAACGUGAAACAAUGAUUUGAUUUUUCAGAAGCAUUUAUUUGGUUCUCCAUCCUCUUGCAAUGGACUACCUUUUUGCGUUCUAACACUUUAGUGUGGCUUUACAGAUGUUCCUGCUGGAUGUUCUACAGGUCAGUAAUGUUACUCAUUGCCUGCAUGUCAGUCAGUCAAUCAACUCCACUGUCUUGUGUCUGUCUGUCUAAUCUCUCUGGCCUGGAGUCCUUUCUGGCCUGGAGUCCUUUCUGUCCCUGGCUCUUUUGCAGAUUGAGGCCUUCUAUGUUUAUUUGAUCCUUCAAGAGGAACUGACCCAUCCCUACCUUCAGGCUACUGAGCCUCAGCGGUUUGACACCCAUCGACAAACUCCUGCCAUGGGUGGUUGUCUCCAUGCCUUUUGGUUUCUUCUCCUAUGUCCUGCUGUAGUUCAUGUCGCAAGCCUUCAGUGUUCCCUGGUACCUCACAUCAAGCUGCCUGUUUGAGACCCUCAUGACAUCCAGCCUGUUAUCUACUCUUCCUUCACACACAGUAUGACCCGCCAACCCUAUCUCCCAGUCUUUAUCCUCUACAUCCUCAACCACUGUUUGCCUUGCUCCAUGUCUGUAUCACCAUGACUACUGUAGGUAUCCCAAACAAAUCACUUGGCUGUCGCCUGAUCUCUGCAGGGUUAUUGCCGCUGCAUCUUGAGAAUUACCUGACUGUAUGAAACAAGAAGUACCAUUUACUUUCCUUAGGGCAUCGGUAUGGUUACUGCCUUCCACACUCUUCCUGUGUCUGUGUAACCAUGGUUACAAGGUGCAAUUCUUGAAUGACUCUAGUUACUGUAUCACAAACCCCUGUUUUUCACCAUGGUUUAUGUCUCUUUCCUGACAAUGUAUUAAUGUGCCUUCCCUUUCGCUGAGCAUGAAACACUCUGCCACAGCCUACAGUAAGAGCUUGAUAUCCACUGUCUCGUUUUUCAUAUUGUAUUGACGAAUUGCAAGCAGUAACAAUUGAUAAAAUCAUACAUUUCAGUUUUUCAGUCUCACCUGUCCCUUGGUCUGUAUGUUUCUCCUUCUCGCUCUGAUAGGAAUGAGUGUGGAGCUGGUGGCCUCUGUGAUUCAGGGUCAGGUUGUGGCCGUAUUCUACACAGAGAAGGCUGGGGCAUGUCAGCAGUUGGACCAGAGCCAGGGGCUGCCUCACAACACCCCUUCACCACAAACCGUUACUACAGACCAUGGUACUACUUCCCCUCUGAGACACACUGCAAGUAAAUGUUUCCCAGUCUCAAACCCUAGCCUAACCCAGCACUGAAGUACAUACCGCUCUCCUACUAUGUUGGUUUAGCAGCGUUUCUUUGUCUGUGGAAGUGAACUUACCUAUAAUGCCAGGGAUAUCAUAUUACACUAAUUAACUGUCCUUAGCACAACAAAGGCCAUUCGUGUGUGUGCAUGUGGGAGCAUGCAUUUCAAGGACGUUUUCCUGACCUCAGUGCUAGUCAAUGGUGGGCUGUUCUUCCUCUGCUGCCUUGUCCUCUUCCUGGGGGUGAAAGAGCUGCGGAAUAUCUUUGGGGAACUUUGCACUGUUCUGUACCCAUGCAGCUGGGCUUGGGUCCCAGCACCUUCUGUCUCUGCUGAUUGCAGCAACUACAGCUGUUUCACUGUUACAGCCAUCUCUGGUACGGGCUUGGAAAUAGAUUACAAUCUCCAUUGGUCCAUGCUCCCGGACGUGGUAGAUGACUUCGCUGUGAAAAACAACCUGCUGCAAGGACCUGAAGCAACUUUUUUUCUACUGCUACGCCUUCUGCAGGCUGGUCUUCUUCCAUCUGUACCCCAUCAACGAGGAACGACGCCUCCAGCUCCAGAGAGAGCAAGGCAGAGAGUGAGUCAUGCACACUCUUGGCUCUCCUAAGAGGCUGCUUUAGCACUCUUACUCUGACAAUAGCUUCCUCUCUAAAUCCAACAUACUGCCUCACAGCUUCACUUACACAUACCUGCGUUUAUGCUUCUUCUCAAACAUCCUGCUGCACACUUCCUCUUGAUGUUUUGUAUUUGCAUAACAUUAAAUAUGUGUAGCCCUAGGCCACUAACUGUUCUUGUUUUCCCUCUAUUCAGGGUUGAAGCCAUACAUUCAACUGAUAGAGGAGAUAGGCUCAACAUGCAGUCGUAUUUUAAUUUUAUUUAGCCUUUACUUAUCUAGGCAAGUCAGUUAAGAACAAAUUCUUAUUUACAAUGCCGGCCAAACCUGACCAAUGCUGGACCAAUUGUGGGACGCCCAAUCACGGCCGGAUGUGAUAGACUGGAUUCGAACCAGGGGCUGUAAAAUAGAUUUUGAUUUUUACAUAUGUUUUAUUUCAUAGUUUUGAUGUCUUCACUGUUAUUCUACAAUGUAGCAAAUAGUACAAAUAAAGAGAAAUCCUUGAAUGCC